AUGUUUUUCUCUUCAAUGCCAUUUGAUAUGGGUGGUGGAUUUGAUGGAAGAAUGGGUGGCAGAAUGUCUCGCGAAGUUGACAACAAGAAGUUAUAUGAGAUUUUGGAAGUUAGCCAAGAGGCAACUUUAAGUGAAAUCAAGAAGGCUUAUCGUCGCCUUGCUAUUAAGCACCAUCCUGAUAAGGGUGGUGACCAAGAGAAAUUUAAGGAGGUUAGCCGAGCUUACGAAGUGCUUAGCGAUCCUGAAAAGAGAAAGAUAUAUGAUGAAUACGGAGAGGAAGGAUUAGAAGGAGGAGGAGGAGGAGCAGAUCCAGUCGACUUAUUUGAUGUUAUUUUUGGAGGUGGAAGACGCUCAGGAAGCAAAGGAGGUGGAAAGAGACGUGGAGAAGACUUGGUUACUCAUCUCAAGGUAACUUUAGAACAAAUUUACAAUGGAGCAGUAAGGAAGAUGGCAAUAAAUAAAGACACAAUCUGUGCAGACUGUGAGGGUAUUGGUGGCCCGAAAGAUGCUAUUCAAUAUUGCGAGCUUUGCCAAGGCCAAGGUGUAAGAGUUCAGAUAAGGCAGAUUGGGCCAAUGGUUCAACAGACUCAAUCUCCUUGUAAUCCUUGUAAGGGAACUGGUAAGACUAUUCCGGCUACCAAACAAUGCAAAAAGUGCAGUGGUAGUGGGUCUGUAAAGGAAAGAAAAGUUCUAGAAGUAAAUAUUGACAAGGGUAUUCCAAAUCACCACAAGGUUACUUUCCAUGGGGAGGCAGACGAAAAGCAGGGUGAAAUUCCAGGAGAUGUGGUUUUUGUACUGGAUGAACAGGAGCACUCUGUAUUUAAAAGAAGAGGAGGUGAUUUAUUUGUUGAGAAAGAUAUCACUCUUGUUGAAGCUUUGACCGGAUUCAGAUUUGUAAUUACUCACUUGGAUGGUAGAAAGCUCCUUGUUAAGUCUAAUCCUGGAGAUAUUACUAAGCCAAGUGAUAUUAAAUGCGUAAAUAACGAGGGAAUGCCAACAUACAAGAAUCCAUUUGUUAAAGGCCAUUUAUUUGUUAUUAUCAACAUUAUUUUCCCUGAUAAACUUGACAGCAAGGCUCAAGAUCUCGUUAAAACUUUACUCCCUGCUCCAAAAGCUCUGGAUGUUGAUGAAGAUGACCCAUCAAUUGAAAUUCACUAUACAAGCAAUACUGAGCCAUCUGAUGUCAAAGACCGUAUUCAAAAGGAGGCGUAUCAUGAAGAUGAUGAGGAGGGACAUCAUGGUGGUGCCGAGAGAGUAUCUUGCCGUCAACAAUAG